CCUAGAGUCAGCCUGCGAAGCAUGGAGCUCUUUGGCCGUCUCUGUUUGCUGUGGGCCGCAAUCACAGUCGAUUCCUGGACGAUAGCUUCCACAGGGACCCAGGCAGCACCCGUGACUGCAGUUCCACCAGCCCCAAGGCUGUCCUUGUUCCCUCCAUUCAGCAUCUUUGUCCGAGGAGAGGGCGUUCGAUUGACCUGCUCCCCACCAGGAAGGCAGAGGGCAGCGGAGUUUCUGUUCUAUAAAAGGAAGCCAGAGGGACAAUGGGACCUGCAGGUACAACAGAAGAAAGACACCUGGGAGGUGUCCACGGCACAACUGGAGCCAAAUAAUACAUUUGUCUGCGCUUACAGUGUCAAAAACAGAGAACCACUUCAGUCUGCACCAAGUAACAAUCAUGUAACGAUCUCCAUCAUUGAGUUGCCACCUGCUGCAACCCUUUCCCUGGAUCCGAAGCAUCCUGUAUACCUCCAAGGAGAAAGAGUCACCCUGACCUGUUCCGCUCCAGACGGGCAGGAGGUGGCAGGAUACAGAUUCUACAAGGAACAGCCAGAUCAGACACUCAGGGAGCUGCCCCAUAAAGGCCAAGGGCCUUAUGAAGCAUUUAACGUGGACCGAAGCUCUGCUGGGAAGUACAGCUGCGUGUAUUGGAUGCUGGUCAAGGAACGGGGGAUCCAGUCCCCCUACAGCAGCCUCGUGUCUGUAGCCCUGACAGAGCGUCCUCGAGCUCCUCUCUUCUCUGUGUCCCCAAAGCGAGAGGUCUACACAAGUGGGGAAUUCAUCAACUUCACAUGCUCGGCUCGUGACGUUCAUCAUGUGUCAAAGAUCACGUUUUUCAAGGACCUCCAACAACUGCAAGUUAUCCAGCUCCCCUCCUCUCCGGAAAGCACCACACACGUCUUGAGGCUGUUGCCACAAGAUGGUGGAAAGUACUCCUGCAUGUACCAGGCCCUGGAAUCUGGGCGGGAGAUCUCAUCCCGGAAAAGCAGAGCCAUCAACAUUGCUGUGGCAGUUCUUCCAGCUGUCACAAUUCCAGAGGCCUCCACUGCUGUCGUGGUUGCUCACACCUAUGAAACCUAUGUAACAAGCAGUACUGAUUCUCUUGGAGUCCCAACACCAGCAGUUUUACAACUCACAUCGUCUCAGCUGGCUACUGAGGAGAACUUACACAGGGCUGCGCCUGACGGACCAGCCACCUCAGCACCCAGCUCUUCCCAGUCUACGUGGCGUGACAGCGUCUCCAGCAGCGCCGAUCCUCACGGCUCCAGAAAACCAUCUGGUUCUCAGGGCUCCCCAAAACCAUUCACAAGCAGCAGUGACCCCAGAUCAACCUCUCAGACAAGGACGGUAUCCAAGGCAGAAAAUGGAAAUGCCACACUAUCUACUGAUGGAUCUCUACAUCUCCCCCUGGUGGCAGGUUGCAGUGGGGCAGGAGCCCUUUUUCUACUGUUUCUUGUCUGCAUUUUCAGCAAGAAACUGAAAGGUACCAGCAGGACAUCAUCCAGGUGAGGAAGAACGGAG